AUGAAGCUCUGGGUCUUCACAGUUUUUUCUCUAUUGUCCUUGUCCUACUUACAAGGAGGCUUCGCUGCUCAAUGCGGAAGUCAGAAUAGGGGUCAAUUGUGCCCAGGAGGCUUAUGCUGUAGCCAAUAUGGUUGGUGUGGAACGGGUCCACCUUACUGUGGUGCCGGUUGCCAAAGCCAAUGUGGUGCUGGCCGUCACCAGAGCCAAUCUGGUGGUGAAGGUGGAGAUGGAGGAGACCUUUCUAAUAGCAUCUCAAGAGAAAUGUUUAAACAGAUGCUUAAACGUAAAAAUGAUAGCGGGAGUCCAGGAUUCUACACUUAUGAUGGUUUCAUUGCAGCUGCCAAGGCCUUCCCUGCCUUUGGAAAUACUGGUGAUGUUGCCACACGUAAAAGGGAGAUUGCUGCUUUCUUCGGACAAAUCUUUCGUCAAACUAUUGGUUCGUUUAAUCAGUUAAUUACUGAAAAGUUAAUUGUUAGGUUUUUGGCUCAUGAAGUGGAGGGUCGCAAACUACACCUGGAUCUUACUGUGCUCCAAAUUCCAAAUAUCCAUGUGCUAGUGGCAAGCAGUAUCACGCCCGAGGUCCUCUCCCACUUUCUUGCUGGCCGAGUUCCAGGCUAUGGUGUGUUAACGAACAUCAUCAAUGGUGAGCUUGAAUGCGGUAAUGGAUUGAAGUCAGACGACAAGGAUCGAAUUGGGUUGUACAAGCAGUAUUGUGAUGUACUUGGAGUUGGCUAUGGAAACAAUCUUGAUUGCUCCAGCCAAAAGCCAUUCGGAAAUGGGGUCUAG